AUGGAUGUCUGUGACCCUCAGAUGCCGAAUGUCGUGCUCUUUGGAGGUCUGAUGGUGGUAUCAGCCAUCGGGAUCUUCCUGGUGUUCACCUUCAUGGAGAAGGUCCUCCGUCCUUCUGAGGAAGCCUUGGCCAAGCAAGGCAAAGGGCUUAAGAAGACUCAGCAGAAGGAAAAAGAGAAAAAGAAGAAAGAGGAAGCUGUUGAGAAAAAAGGAAAAGGAAAGAAAAAUCAAGAGAAACCUAAUGGACAGGUCCCAGAGGCGCACCAAAGUGCUCCAAUGGUCAGCUCUGUCACCAUAAAGAAAAGCAAUGUUCUUCCAGCCCAUGAGGAGCAGAAGCAUAAUGGACCUGUCAAGAAGGUGGCUGCAUCCAAGAAGAAGAGCGAGCCAGCACCUGCGGACUCGGAUGGGCCCCUCCACCUGCCCUACAAGACGCUCGUGUCCACGGUCAGCAGCACGGUGUUCGGCGAGGGGGAGGCCCAGCGGCUCAUCGAGAUCCUGACGGAGAAAGCGGGCAUCGUCCAGGACACCUGGCACGCGGCCAAGCAGAAGGGUGACCCUGUCACUGUCCUGAAACGCCAGCUGGAGGAGAAGGAGAAGCAGCUCGCCACCAAGCAGGAGGCUGCAGCCGCUGCCAGAAACAAGGUGGAGGAGCUGAGCCAGGAGCUGGCGGCCGAGCGGGCCAAGGCGACGGCCGUGGAGGGCAAGCUGAAGGAGCAGCUGCUGGCCCGCGAGCAGGAGAUGGCAGCGGUGCAGGCACGCGUGCAGGCCAGCUACCAGGACCAUGUCAGCGAAACGCAGCAGCUGCAGGGCAAGAUCCGCACCCUGCAGGAGCAGCUGGAGAAUGGCCCCGACACGCAGCUGGCUCGCCUGCAGCAGGAGAACUCCAUCCUGAGCGAUGCCUUCUGCCAGAUCAGAAGUCAGAUGGAGAGCAAGUAAGACUAGGGGUGGGGGUGGGGGCAGAGCCUGGGGCCGCCCUCUGGCAAGCCCUGGGGGGGGCUGUCCAUCAUGAUUGGCCACCCCCUUUCUGGAGGGUGCUUCUACAGACGCCCCAGCUAGCUGGAGGUAGAGGAGGGAGUGAGGAAGAGAUUGCCAAAUGGCUUCUGUGGGCCUGGCAGGGGAAACAAGGAUGCUUUUCCCAAGUGGAAGGGCAGGGGAAGCCCUCUCUGCUUUGGAGUCACCUGUGCUGAUGCUAGCGGAGGGGGCAGAGGGGACCAGAAGGCACUGCAGCAUUUCUCCACACUUCGGAGAGCUUGUGCUCACCAACUUCAGAAGAAAGGUCGCUGGCUCUUUGAUGGGAGCGGUGCUGCAGAGAAGCGAGACCUGCCUGGUGCAUACAGAACAACCAGGAGCUAGGGAGAAGAAUUUGGCGCUCCUUUUUGUAGAAAGUCUGAAAUGGCUGGUGAUUAACAGUGGUCAGUUAAUUACAGAGCAGACGCCAGCUGCUUAGAGUGCUUUCUCCUGUGUCUGGGAACACAGAUCCUUGCG